AAAGAACAAGAUUUCGACUGCAAAAAGAUGUGUGAAAAGUUACAACGUGUUGUUGUCUCCCUCACGGAUUCCAUGCACAAAAUGUCCAAUAGCAGCCGAAUUGACAAAUCUAUUGAUGGCAAUGUGAAAUUGCUGAGCAAGACGACUCUGAUGCUGCGCUUGAUGAGCGGCAAUGAGUCAAGGAAAAAAUCACAAUCAACUGAUUACGUUCAGCGGUUGCAGUUUGACGCUGUAGGCUACGAGGAGGAACGACAUGUGAAGGAUGAGCUCAACGGAUUGUUGGCGCAGAUGAUACGUCAUCAUCGCUCUGGCUGUCUGCUCCGCUUGACGCCUCGUCGCAGCCACAAUGUGAAUCUGUUGACGCAUCUGCUCGUCUCGCAAUUGGACAAGUUGUUGGGGCAGCAUCGCCUUGAGGGCAUCUGUGUGGAGUACUAUGAUGUGAGGAAGUUUGACAUGAUCAACAUGCUGGCCAAAUCCCGACGCAGCGGUAAGAGGGAAAUGCAAAGCACCAGCGAGUUAUUCCAAUGGCUGCGCAAUGAGUAUGCAUCGUUGCGAGUCUCUGCAACUGGCGAUGAUUACAUUCAUGUGGAAUUUCUGCUCAAUGAUGGCGGUCACAGGCACAAGGUUCAAUUCUCCCUGUUUGACAUCUUCGACUGCACUUGUCGCACGGAUCUGGUGAAGUUUUUUCGGCAACUACCAAAGCGAAAACACUCGCAGAACUCGCUAAUCUUGGACUGCAUCAAGGAGAGUUUUGACUCUAAGCGAUCAGUCUGCACUCUGGUGCUCUGCGAGAUUUCGCUGGACAAGGAGUGCGUCAAGGAGUUGCCGCAGUUCCUGCAGCUAGCGGAUUUGGCCAGCAGGAGCAUUGGCGGAAAGGAAAUUCAAAGUAAAUCCACCGAUUCCCAUUCAUUGGAGGACAUCAUCAGCAGUGAAUCCAAGGAUCUCUCAAUCCAAUCGCCUUAUGCUCGACCUGCCAGUCUCACCCAUGAGGAUUACAGCAAACUCUCCUCUUGGUAUUUUCGAAUAGACAGCAUAUACUCCAAGGUGAGGUCCACCAUGGAGCGUCACUAUAAUAUGCAGUACCGCCAAAAGUUCCUUAAACUUUGUCAGCAACUGAAAUACAGCCGCAUCUCCAAUGAUAAGUCUGGUGGGGAUGCGCACCGUUUGUUGCUCCAGCGCAGCUUCGAGGAUGUGGAGGCUACUGCCAAUUAUGCGGAGGCUCUGCGGCAAUUUCGACAGCUGGAAAAGGAGGUGAACAAAUCAAACUUUGCUCCCACUUUGUCGACGUACCUAAGCACCAAGAACUUCGAGCUCCUGAACGAUGAGUAUGGUCUGCAGCAACGGGAAUUGCUAAAUCUUCGAGAGCACAGAAGUCUCAUAUAGGAAUUAGGAUAAUUCUGUCAAGGAUUAUAAAAAAAAAAGUGAAACCUAAAACUUAUCUAUUUGAAAUUGUUCAGUAUUACAAGUUAAAUAUAUUAAUUAAAUCAAA